AUGGCGCUCCACUCGUACACUCUGCUGAUGCUAGUGACCCUAGCGGCUCUGGCCACAGCGGGAACGCGGGCCGACGAAGUCCUCGCUGACAGCGAACUCGUUCUUACGGUCUUGGUUCACCGGCACGGAGACCGCACGCCCGUGCAGGGCUCGCUAGAGUUGAGUAACGACGUGGACGCACUGCGAGAGGCCUCCGAGCCCUACGGCUACGGACAACUCACCAAUGUGGGCAAGCAGAACGCGUACCGGCUCGGCCAGUCCAUCCGUAAGCGCUAUGGCGGCCUCAUUUCCGCGCAUUACAAUUCCUCCGAGAUCUACAUCCGCUCGACGGACUCCACGCGCACCAAGAUGACCGUGCUCACCGCCAUGGCUGCUGUGUACCCCGCCGGAAACGACAACUGGAGCGACUCUCUCCCCUGGCAGCCCACCCCCUACACCACGGUGCCCGUUAGAUACGAUCCCAACCUCGCCAUGCUUAACUGCCCCACAUUCAAAAACGCUUACUACAGCAAGAUUUUUUCCUCGUCACCUGCGAUGGAGCGUUACUCGGACGUGAUGAACCAGUGGUCGGAGCUGAUCGGGUUCAACAUCACCGGCAUACCAGUGCUCGCCUAUUCUUUGUACGAUAUUUACAAAAGUCAGAUCAGCCUCGGCGUGCCACUGACCGAGGAGUUGCAGGCGCUGCUGCCGGAAAUCAAGGAUGUCGCUGGCGCAGCUAUGGACAUCUUAUUUGGUGAUGACGACUACGUGGCGCUGGAGGCCGGUGAGUCGUGA